GCCUAUUAUUGCCGAAGGAUCCAUCGUUAGGGGUCUGCUUUUCCGGGAGCAGCACAUUUAUCUCGAAGGCUUGAUGUGAUUAACACUGAAAGCGUGAAAAAGCUGAUCAUACAUGGCAAAGAUUUACAUGUGCAUCUGUGUGCCAUUUCUGAUGUUCGCAAUAGCAUUUGUAAUUUGGUGCCCUAAUAUGGAGAACAAACCAGUUUAUCCAGAAACCCAUCAAAAAUACCAUUCAGAACAGAGAAUUCAUCCCACUAGUGACAGGUUUGGAAAUAACUCUCAGAAACUUGACGUUACCCAGACCUUAACUAGCUACCCUACACAAACCCCUAAAAGUGAAGUGGCCACCUAUUUGAAUUUACAAGGAGAAGAUGUGUUUGAUGAAAACAAGCUCAGUAAAGAUGCCAACUGGGCACAGUUUUAUGAUCGAUCAAGAAAUGGUGAACCCAGUUUCAAAUAUUUGAUUGUACAAGAUUCCCUAUGCACAAACAUAACUCCAUUUCUGGUUAUCAUGGUCGCCACUCGAGCAAGUGAAGUAACAGCCAGAGAUAUUAUUAGAGAAACGUGGGGAAGCAGACGUAAGUGGCAUGGGAAAUAUGUUCUUACCUUGUUCUUAAUCGGGAAGAGUAAAGAACCCAUUGAGCAAUUGUUAUCUGAAAAUGAUAAACACAAGGAUUUAAUUGUGCAAGACUUCGAAGACACAUAUGAAAAUCUCACACUGAAGACCCGAAUGGCUUUCCAAUGGAUGUACGACUUCUGCCUAAAAGCAGAGUUUUUCAUGAAAUCAGAUGCUGAUGUAUAUGUCAGUCCAAGCAACCUAGUUAAAUAUUUGCUUUCUUUGAAUGAAAACAUGUCCCAAAAUGUGUUUACAGGCCACGUAUUUGAAAACAAUAUACCAUUACGAUCAAAAAAUGCUAAGAAUUACCUCUCAUAUGAAGAUUAUCCAAUUAAUGUUUUCCCUCACUACUGCAGUGGCCUUGGAUAUGUUAUUUCAGGAAAACUAGCACUGAAAAUUUUCCUGAUUAUGCGCCAUGUUAAACCUUGGGCAAAUGAAGAUCUUUAUACAGGACUCUGCCUGAAGUUACUAGGAGGCCAACCUACUUUUCCACCACAAAACAGUUUCUUUUUUGAAAAAACAAACCUUAAUGACAAACUUCAGACAUUAAUAGCUGCACACUGGGUGGACCAAAAUGCUAUGAAGCAACUUUGGGAAAUCGAGAAAGCAAGUUUAUGAAGGCAAAGCAGAUGAAGGAAAUUUUAAUUUAAAGUAAUGAGAUGCCUUUAAGUUAAAGUUUAUUCACAAAAAUUGAAACGAAAAAGAUCAGAGUAGAAGCCUGUCAUCUGAAGACUCGCCAUGAGAGGCUGAAAGGCAACCUCAUUUAAGAUUUAUGAAAGUCGCUUCAAAUACAAGUAUGAAUUUACACAUCUGUAUAUGCAGUAAUAACAAUGCUGGAUUUUUCUUGCAUAUUCGGAGAGUUCGACAAACUCUGAAUGUCAAGUUAUGAAGAAAAUUUACACCAUUCAAGAAUUUGGGGAAUAUAAAUGACAAGAUUUGCAUUUGAGAUAUCCUUCACAAAUUGAAAUUUCUUCUUGAUGACUCAGGAAAAGCUUGAAAGCAUAAUUUGUUUUAAACAUGGAACUGAAUGUUGGGUUCUUUUUACUGUAUACGUGACACAGAUAGAUGCAGUAUAUUGCACAAAAAAAUGAAGAUUUUUUUUUUUUAUCAGGGAUUGUUAUUUGUUAUGAGAGCUGACUGGAUGCUGUGAUUUAUUCAAAGUGCUGAUGUUACAAAAAAAGAGUUCAUUUACACUUUUUCUAUGAUUUUUCUGUGAAAGCCAUAUACUGUAUAUGCAUUUUAAAACAGACAAGGCAUUGUUUUACAGGGUCUAGCUGAAGUUCACAUUUUGUACCUGAAGUUGUACAUCUAAUAGGUUCUAAAACGAUCUACAUAUGUAUAUAUUUAUAUGUGUACUUUUAUGAGGUUUUAGGGAAACUUAGAUUUAUUUAAUUAAUUAGAAUAUGAAGUUACUUUUAGUUAGUAAUUAAAAUAUUCAGCAUAGUAAACGUGUGCUUAUCUUUUUAUUAAAUCGAGAUUAACAUCACAUCCAAGAAGACUGCUUUGCAAAAAAAAUGCAGCUAGUCAGAUGAAAGUUUAUCCUUUCCUCCGUGCAACAGUGAGAGGAGGGAGGUAAUAAAUUUAGGUCUUUUACUUUUGUUGCUGUUUCUGGGUUAUUUGCAUUGCAAACUGCCACCCCAAUCACACUACAGUUUUGUCAAAGGUACAGUGAUAUGCUUUUUUUUAGUCUGUAUGCAUAAUUAAACAGCAAGAUUUUGGGGUGCAGAGGUGCCGAAAAGUGUACGUUAAGGUGCAAAAAAGACUUGAAAAAGUAGUGGAUCGAGUACGCUUCACUAUCUUUAAAUAAGGUACUUUCUUCUUGGAUCUUUAUGCUAGAUGUGCAGGGAUGCGGGCAGGACCUACGUCUGGUGCAGGAUGUUUCUUAAUUGAGAACACUUGAAGGAUGGAGGUAUGGAUCGACAACACUUUGAAUUUCCUCCCAACGUAACAUUCUUGAACUUUGCUGAUCUUAAUGGUGGACAACAUUGGCAAAAGAGACUGAACAAAAAAA